AUGAAGGACACCAACAGACCACCGAAGAAGAUUCUCGUGCUGGGACCAUGUAAGGCUGGAAAAACAGCAAUCUCAAACUAUUUGGGCGAGCAAGUCGACAUCGAAUCCCUUGGAGAAUAUCGACCGACAAAAGGCGUCCGAAUAGUUGAAUUCGAAAGUCACGAGUUGGAAAUUCACCGGCAAAGAAUCGAAGUCGACGUGGAAUUGUGGGAUUGUAGUGGCGAUCCGAAGUACCGCGAUUGCUGGCCAGCCAUACGGGACGGUAUCGAAGGCGUGAUAUUGGUGGCGAAUCCCGAUGAGAAUAAAGGCGAGGAUUUGAAAAUAUGGUAA